AUGGAAGAGAACUCGGCCGACCCUUCUCGGGCGGCGACCAAGCUUACCACUCAAAGCCCGUUGCUUCCUUCUCGACCUUUUCACAACGGCACCGAGAAUGGCUUCCAGUCCUCCUCACUGCCCCACUUGGGUGACUUCAUCACGAAGUUGAUCGAGGACGCGUACAAACUCCAGAGCGCGAACGCAGAACUCGAGCGCACCAAACAGCUUUUGCGAGAGGCCGAGGACAAGCUUGCUUCUUCCGAGGAGAGCAAAUCUCAUUUGAGUACAGAGAUUGACAGAACAAAGCAACAGUUGCGUCAGGCUGAGAAUGCGCUCAAGAGAGAACAGAAGAUGACCGAGCGACUCGAAGCAGACAAUAUGUCGCUCAAAGCUAGUCUGCGCAACCACCAAGACUUGUUGAACGGCACUGAGAGUCUUCGCAUCAGGGCGGAAAACACGCUGCGAGCAGUUGAGAGUCGCACAACCAUCCUCGAGGCCGUUAUCAGGAAGAAGAAUGAGGCUUUGGAGCAGAAAGAUGAGGAGAUGCAGUUCAGGAUUCACAGCUACAGAGACUACCUGAGGAAGAUUGAAGGCCAGUUUCGAAAGACCUGGUCGAUUAUCCGCCUACUCGCUGCCUCCAACUUUUGUGGGGUGAAGGACGGUCUCAUAUCUGGUAUCUUCAACAACCAUGACGUGCUUGAAGAGGGGUUAAUAUUGGCGGAGAUCACGAGGGAGAUGGAUGGGGAGUUUGUUGAGUUUGUCCGGGAAUUCAGGCGGGAUCUUCGCCGCACCAGGGGUUAG